ACUAGGCAUAUGUGCCAUACAAUGCAUGCAUGGUGAGCGGCAUCCGAAGAAAUGUCGCUGCGUUUGUGAUGAAGGAUACAGCGGAGACCUCUGUCAGAUACCAGACCCUACCUCGCCCCCUCCGCCCACCACACCCGUACCAUGCGACCUUGACUGCGGAACCAAUGGCACUCUCGAUGACAUGCUCUGUUUUUGUAACUGCAACCCUGGUUUCGAGGGUCAAACCUGUUCAGAAGUACUUCCGACGGGUCGCACGCCCCAGCCAAUCAGCCCAGACAACUGCACGCUGGACUGCGGUGACCAUGGCAACAGGGUCAGAGGUAGCUGUUCCUGCUUGUGUGACAAGGGUUUCAGUGGGACGACCUGUGAAAGUGAGUCCUCUUCCAGCGUCGUAGAUGUCGGCGAAGAUUCCGACAUCAGUUCCAGCAGCAGCAGUGGCUACUCAGAUGACGAUGUGGCGUCGUGUCUGGAAGGGACGUACUGCUUCAACGGAGGGACAUGCGAAACCAUUCCAAAUACAGACGGUCAAUCGGGGAAUGCUCCAACGCCAACUUGCUCUUGUCCGUAUGGUUUUACUGGUGAUCUGUGCGAGGUAGAGGUAAGAUGUCCUGAUCUUGACUGUGGUCCUAAUGGAAACCUAUCUCCCGAUGAUUGUUCCUGCGUCUGCCAGGAUAAGUACUCGGGACCAAUGUGCGAAGUUUUGAGUGACAACCAUACGAUUCCUUGCAGUGAUAAGUACCUCAACUACUGUUUAAACGGAGGGACGUGCCAUCAACUCGUGGGGAUUAAGAAACCAACGUGCAAGUGUCCGGACAAUAAGCGCGGGCCUCGAUGUGAGAGUACCGUGAUCGAACCGAGUAAAUGCUACCCAGGAUAUUGUCUCAAUAACGGAACUUGUCGUUAUUCAGUCAAAAGAGACAAACGAAGAUGCAUCUGUCCCGACCUUUACCGUGGGUCCUCACGCUGCCAGUAUAUUAAUAAUUAUGAUCCUAGCAAAGCGCCACCUGUAGUCCAUCCGAGCAUCGAGCAGAAUUCUAUGAAGGUUAUCAUCACAUUGACGGUCAUCUUCAUCAGCCUCUUACUGGUCCUUCUUCUUGUCGUCUUCAUCUACAUCAAAAACAAGAAUUAUCAGGAGAGGCAUAAGAGGGCCAAGACAGGUCGGAAUCCACUGCGACCCCCCAGCUACAACGUACCCCAUCCUCUGCACCAGAACACCAAUAACCAGGCAGGGAACCAAUCCAGAGGCAUACAGGAACUGGAAAUGGAACCAAGACGACCAUCAGCCCCACCCACUGUCAUGAGGAUGGAGAGCGAGGGCAGUGUUCACUCGACACCCAGUCAAAGAAGUCACUCCGUGGAUGUGCGUUACAGCAGUGUUCCGGUCCAAGCUAAUCCAGUGGUAGCAAGGACGAUGCAUAACGGUUCGGCUCGCAAAAUAUCGCAGGCGAGCAUUCAUUCAAAUCGCUCCACAUCGAGCCAUCGUUCGACCGGGUCAAGUCCCGGAUCCGGAAAGCGGCGUAGGCUGGGCUACGAAGCGGUACCUGCAAACGAGCCGGCGGAUACGAUAGAAGAGUACCACGGUGACACAGCGGCGUGUGAGGAUGCGAGCAUAAUCAUGUUACCCAAGGAGGACGUAUGUAGUGACGGAGAGAGCGUUUGCUCCUCGGAGCCCGAUGACGUCGUCGAUGUGCCCAAUCCUCAGAUCUCGGCCAUCGAGACGCACCUGGCGCAACCAAGCGAGGAUUACGACGACAACGUCGACAGAGACUUCAGUGCUGACGUGGUGAAUGCCAACGUCCACUUCUCAAACCCCUAUGCACAAGACGACUCGCCGUCUCUCUCGCCGCGAGGUCACUCGACCUCUUGCGCGUCACCUCACGACGUCAACCUGCAUGAAAACCCAUUCCACGGUGGGCUCAGCUUGCAGGGCAAAUCGCACCAACCUAACAACAAACUCUACGCCAACGAUGCUUAUUAUGGCAAUAGGUACGAAGAUGAAAUCGAUAGGAGUAGCCCACCGCAUGCCGUUUAAUGCACGAAAAGACUUUAUCUCAACAUGUUGUACAUUACUUACUGUAUAAUCAUAAAAACUUAUUUAUUAUCUCUGAUCUCUUUACACAGCUAUAUUAUAUAACUUUCUGCUGCAGCAAGUGGCACUAUUUCUUGUCAAAUGUAAGAAAGAUAUUACCUGCGUGUACUUGAGUACACCAUCACUGUUUUGUCUCGUUUUGUAAUUACCAAUCAUGAUAAGAUUAUGAAGUGGCAGUUUUGUGAUCAUGAAACUUCAGGUCGCAAAUAAAAUCAACAUCAACCGGGCCCCGUCUUACAAAGAGUUGUGAUUGAUCCAAUCGAUCGUAACUCUACGGAAAUCCAUCAGUGUUAUACUUUUUUUCUGUAGGAAAUUUGCACAACAACGAAUUUAUGAAUGUCAUAUCUAGAAAACAUUUUGAACCAACAUGCAUUUUAGAUGUGGGCGUUGCUGGCUUUCCAUAGUUGAGGUUGGUCGGAUCCAUCGCAACUCUUUGUAAGACGGGGGCCCAAAAGUCGCUGAGAUUUAUCAAUAGAUACAGUAUAUGACCUUGACUUUAUUCAAGUUUUGGAGCAGAUUUUGUUUGUCUAUUUGUAUUAUUCUGCAUCAAAAUUCACGACUGUGUUUUAUACAGUAUGUACUGUUAUAUUUUGAGUAUUUGCUGUCAAGAAGUCAUUAUUUGACAUCAGAAAGUCCCAUAUCCUGAGCCUUUUUCUGAUCACAGUGUUGAGCAAAACAAAGUAAAUGAAGCGGAUGCAGGGAGUCUAAAGUAAGUUAUUUGGAAAAGCAAAAUUUUCUGCAGUAAAAGAACAAUAUCUCCAUGCAUCUAACACAAAUUGGUAUCUAGAUUUAUUCAUGUUAUACAGAAUCUCCUCAAAAAUGUUCAACCACAAGUAAAACAAUGUAAUGUUUUGUUUUGGGGCAUAAUUUAACCUGCUUGUAUGAUAGUUUUGGGGGUAUUAGCUAGCAUAUGCCAUUUUAUGAAGCAGUUCAUGAUUUUAACACAACUUAAUGAAUGACUGACAACUUUUGUUGAUAUUAGAUAUUCCAAGUUUUCAUAGUUUUCAAAUGGGAGUAAACUCUCCAAAAUUGAAAUCAAAUCUUGACAAACAAGCAUUGAAUCCAAAUACUUGUUUAGGGAUUUAACGCCAGGGGGGGAGGGGAGCAUUGCCGUUCGCAGCGGGGGGAGGCAGUUGCCCUUAGAAAUUUUGAAAACUGACAUUUGUAUACUGAAAAUUUUCACAAAAUCAAUCAAUUCAAUUUACCUCAUGCAAAAGCACCCAAAAGACAAGCUCGGUCGCUUCGCUCCCUCGCUUUCAAGUUUUUCAAAAAAUGUCACGCGUCCUGCCCCCCCCCCCCCCCCAGCAAAACAUUUCUGGGGGAAGGAGGAGGAUAGGGAAAAUAGGUUCUUUAUCUGGAUUUUUCAACUCACAUGCAUAGAAUCCCC